UUCACUGCUCUGUCACGUUUCUGCGGUUUGAGGAGUUGGCCGAGCUGUGGUUUUCCUUCGUUUUCAGGAUCUCAAUGUCCCUCCGUCCCCCUUAAGCUCUCUUUCCUCAGGGAACAUCCAAUAAAUUGAAGAAGAAUUUCUGGAAAGAAGAGAAGGAGAACGAAGCUACUGCUUCGAUUCGGAUAUCUGCUCACUUUUCUCGGCGGCAAGCUCGAUCCAGACCUAAAGUUCUUUCGUGUUAUCCCAUUUCCAAAAUUUUCUCCACAUUUGAAGUUUUUUGGAUGAAACGUACAAGGCUUUACGGGAGGGGGGUAGGGGAAUGCUAUGUUUGAAGCAACCAAGGGGAAGUCUAGGAAUCCGGCGGUAUAGGUAGGCUUGAUCCGGCGGGAUCCGUAUGCUCAAGUGAGGAGGCCCGAGCUUGGAGCUCGGGAGCGGUCUUGCGAGUUAUGGAGGCGGCGGAUGUCGCGCCGGUGGCUGAUAGGAUAGCCAGUGAGCCGGCCGCAGGCAGGUGUUGCCUGCAGAAGUUCAGUCUCUAUGAGACCAAAUCGAAUUUCUAUAUGAUCGGAAGGGACAAGACUAGAAUGUCAUGGAGAGUGUUAAAAGUUGACCGACUGGAACCUUUUGAGCUUAAUAUCUCUGAGGACUCCACCACCUACUCUGAGAGCGAAUGUAAUGAUCUAUUGAAGCGCAUUCAUGAAGGAAACUUGCCUACUGGAGGGUUAAAAUUUGUUACCAAAUGUUAUGGGAUUGUUGGUUUUAUUCAGUUCUUGGGGCCCUAUUACAUGCUGCUUAUUACUGGAAGAAGGCUAAUUGGUGCAAUAUGCAGUCAUGAAGUUUAUGCUGUCACUAAGAGUGCAAUAAUAACCGUUCCAAAUUCCAGUGUUUGGUCCUCUAUGGCUGUUCCAAAGGCUGAAAACAGAUACAAGAAGCUGUUGCGUACCGUGGAUCUCACAAAGGACUUCUUUUUCAGCUACUCAUACCACGUGAUGCAAAGUAUUCAGAAGAAUUUAUGUGAUGCUAAGGCAGGACACCUUUUGUAUGAAACUAUGUUUGUCUGGAAUGAAUUCCUGACAAAAGGAAUUCACAAUCAUCUAAAAAACUCUGCUUGGACAGUUGCUUUAGUUUAUGGUUUUUUCACUCAGGCUAAGCUAUCAAUAUCUGGGAAAGAUUUUUGGUUGACACUCAUUGCCAGGCGAUCCCGCCAUUAUGCUGGAACGAGAUACCUAAAGCGUGGUGUUAAUGAUGAGGGUAGUGUUGCGAAUGAUGUAGAGACAGAGCAGAUUGUGUUUGCAGAUGUUCCUGGAGAAAAUCCUACGCAGAUAAGUUCUAUAGUACAAAAUAGGGGUUCCAUACCCCUCUUUUGGUCCCAGGAGACAUCAAAGUUGAACAUGAAGCCUGACAUUGUUUUGCGGAAAAAGGACAAAGAUUAUGAAGCUACCCGGCUUCAUUUUGAGAAUCUUGUGAAUAGAUACGGAAACCCAAUUAUUAUCUUAAACUUAAUUAAGACGCUCGAGAAGAAGCCAAGAGAAUCUAUCCUUAGAGCAGAAUUCGUAAAUGCAAUUGAUUUCUUAAAUAAAGAUCUCUCAGAAGAAAGUCGUCUGAGAUUUUUGCAUUGGGACCUUCACAAACAUAUGCGGAGGAAGGCAACAAAUGUGCUCUUACUGCUGGGUAAAGUGGCGACUUAUGCCUUAUAUUUAACUGGUUUCUUCUAUUUCCAAGUGAUGCCCAGUCUUGACAAUGGUGUCAUGUUGCCUAAUGCAAUUAAGGAGAGUGCUGGUGAUUUGUUUUGCGGGAAGGAAAGCAAUGACAGCAAUUGCUUAGACGAUAUUGCCGCUUCCAGGCAUGGCACACAUGAAGUUAGCAGGGCGACAUCUGAAAAAGCUGGACGUGAAUGUUCGGGGAAAAAGAUUGAAUACUCUAAAAACCAUUUUGUUAAGCCUCCUAUGCUUCAAACUGGCAUCCUUCGCACUAACUGCAUAGAUUGCUUGGAUCGUACUAAUGUUGCUCAAUAUGCUUAUGGUUUAGCUGCGCUUGGGCAUCAACUGUAUGCCUUGGGCCUCAUAGAUGAUCUGAAAAUUGAUUUGGAUGCCCCAUUGGCUAGUGAAUUGAUGGGUUUCUAUGAAAGAAUGGGUGAUACGCUUGCACUGCAGUAUGGUGGAUCUGCAGCGCACAACAAGGUAUUCUCUGAAAGAAGGGGUCAAUGGAAGGCAGCAACUCAGUCUCAGGAGUUCUUCCGGACACUCAAGAGAUACUACAGUAAUGCCUAUAUGGAUGCUGAAAAACAGAGAGCAAUAAACUUGUUUCUUGGAUACUUUCAACCAAAGCAUGAUAAGUUUGCUGAUUGGGAGCUCAACCCUGAUCAGAAUUGUAUCGCUUUAAGGCAUGAUAAUGGCUUGGGAAUUAAUACUCCAAGGUCAUUUAUGAAAAGAUCUUUUUCUGAUGGAAGCAUUCUACAUCAAAACAAUACACCUUUGUCAAGCUGCUGUACGGAUAACUAUGAACUCCCUAAAUCAGUCAUGUCUGAUAAAACACAUGAAGUCCAGGGUUCCAUGCGACUUUCUGACUCAACACCAGAAAUUUCAGCUUGUAAAAAUGAUGCAUUUUUCUGUUGUACACCGACAAUGCCUUGUCAGCGGCUUCUUGUUGAUAAUGAACAUAGAUACUUGAGUGAAAUUGCGCGUGAUGCAUCGACAUCUUCAAAUUUUCUGGAUCUUGAUCAGCUAUCAUCCUCUGGUAAUUUAUGCGAGGAGGAAACUUUUGAGAGGUCAACUGUUAAAUCAUCAUUCAUGAACUCUUCGGUUGCAAAUCUUUCAUCCGAGAAUGUUGCCAACUGUGUAGAAUAUGAUGAAAUUGCACCUUUGAAGGAGAUGGAUGCAGCUCUUUCUACUAAUAAUGCCCCUGAAGAGUUUUCGGACAUCUUUGUUAAGUGGGUUAUUCAUGGGGAAACCUUGUCAUUAAAAUAGAACUGAAGAACUGAAUUUUAUGAUUGGAGUUUAGGAUAAAGACGUCUGUCUGGCCUUCAGCUCGAUAUGCUCAACCGUAAAAAAGCUAAAGCACAAACAAGAGAAAGGUGAGACCUUAUUCAAUUCAAGACAAGAGUAUUCAUUUGUAAGAUAUUUGAUUUUGCACGUCUUCUUACCCAUGUAGAUUUUUUCCCUUUUUUCUUAUUUUAAUUUGGUUAAGGUCCACUCUCAUCUCAGGCCAUAAUCAAAUAGGAAGUACGAGUAAAUAUUUGCAAUUCUUUUCAAUAUUACUUAUGGAAGAAAAAGGAAAACCAAGUUUCCAUUCUGUACAUAUACACGACAGUAUUUACUAAUUCCAAGUAAUUAUUGUACGCUCAAUUUGAUUAUUUGAAUAAGGACAAAAAUGUUUAUCAAAGG